AUGCUAUCUUCAUUUAUCUAUUUGGCACGCGAGUGCUCCAUAUUGCGCGCUAUCUCCUUAUGUGCCAUCCUCGCCGUAGCAACUGCUACGGCGAGCGCAAGCGUCACAUUCAAACACACGCUGGCCACAAAUGGAGAGGGGCUGUUUCCACAGUACCGAAUUGUUGCCUUGGCAAAUCUGGGAAAUGGUGUCCUCCUGGCAUCGUAUGAUGGGCGCCCAGAUGGAGGAGAUUCGCCAUCCCCAAAUUCAAUUUUACAACGACGCAGUACGGACGGUGGGAAGACUUGGGGCAACCCAACAUAUAUUGCCCAAGGUCAACCAACGUCGUCGACGCUCCAACAGUACGGCUUUAGUGACCCAAGCUACGUGGUCGACUCCGAUACCGGAAAGGUUUUCAAUUUCCAUGUCUUCUCGAAGAACCAGGGAUUUCUCAAUAGCGCAAUCGGAAAUGACGACACCGACUUGAAUAUAGUCAGCGCUGAAGUCUCCGUUUCGACUGAUGGAGGACUUAGCUGGACCACUGAUCCAGACCAUCAAUCCUCUUUCCCUCCUGUUGCAUCUGCCGAUGUUGGUGCACCGCCACUCAUUACGAAAGCGAUCAAGCCCGUGGGCAGUACUUCCAACGGGGUAGCCAACGUUGGUGGAAUUACUGGAAUGUUUGCUUCAUCCGGAGAGGGGAUUCAACUCAAAUAUGGCAAACACGCCGGGCGCCUGGUUCAACAAUUCCUUGGUAAAGUCAUCCAACCAGACGGUUCAAAGGUCUCGCAAGCCUAUAGUGUCUAUAGUGACGACGGUGGCGCUACAUGGAAGAUGGGGAAAGUCAUUGGCAAUGGGAUGGAUGAGAACAAAGUUGUGGAGCUAUCAAAUGGCAACUUGAUGCUUAACUCACGCCCGAGCGAUGGUAGUGGAUAUCGAAAGGUCGCAACCUCAACCGAUGGUGGUGAAACUUGGUCAACACCAGCAAGGGAAACCCAACUCCCUGACCCAGGAAACAACGGAGCAAUUACCAGAAUGUAUCCUGCUGCGGCACAGGGUUCGGCCGAUGCCAAAAUCCUCCUGUUUACCAAUGCAAACAGUAAAACAAGCCGAAGCAAUGGUACAAUCCGCUAUUCCUGUGACGACGGAAAGACCUGGUCUUCUGGCGCAGUGUUCCAGUCUGGCUCGAUGUCCUAUUCCACAGUCACCGCACUCGGCGAUGAUAAGUUCGGAAUCUUUUACGAGGGAGAUAGCAACGGCCUCGUCUACAUUGAAGUUUCCAAGGAUUUCAUUGGGGUUUCCUGCUGA